CCCACUCGAGUCAACUGCAACAAGUGCACUAAGAUGCUUGCCAGGACUGACUUCUUUUAACGGCAGCUGGCAAAGGAAAAAUCCCGACGUUUUCCUGAUCAACACUUUUUUAUUCCUUAGGAAACUUUCCAGCUCAUGCAUGCGCCAACGUUUUUCCUGUCGGUUGAUUCUACACCAACUCGACUCACGGAGAAAGUUGAUCGGCGAGCGCUCAUGAGUUAGCUUAAGUUGCUGCUAGCCGGGCUGACAGCCGCUCGACAUGUUUCCACGGGUGAACAACGACACGGAGGCUUCCGGGCAAGCCAGGCUGCUGUACUGUGGCUAAGGCUCCAUAAACUGCCGCUCCGUUGAUGUGAGGAGAACAUCGGCGACUAUGAGCACGGAAGGGGAGCCAAUGAUUGACAAGCUGGGGAUGACAUCGCCAAGUGUGCACGCAGAACCCAAGAGCAGAGUCUCGUUCACAAGCGAAGACUCCCUCCCGAGCCUCCACGCCUCCAAGGUUGCCCCAGCGCCCCGCCCCCUCUGUGAUCUCCACCCGAACCACGGUCAACCCGAGGGCAGCGCCGUCCCGUAUCUGCUGUCGGGCUGCGGUGCCCAAGUGCAGCCCGUGCAGACUGUGGGCGCCGCGGCGGAUGAGGGCCAUCCCAACGGCGUCAGCUCCUCGUCCGCCUGGUCCAACCCCGUCAGCGCCAAAGCCGAAGGAAACCCGGCCGCCGCCUCCAGAAUCAUGAGACUGUUUUCCAGCUCCAGGAAGGGCUCCUGGGCCUCCUCGAGCCCAAACGAUGACAGUCCCACCGGGCUUCCGAGGCUGGGUGUCGUGGAUUCGUUCAAAAAGCUCCGCUUGUCUGUGCUCCAGGGAAUUCAGAGUCGGGGGGCAACCGAUCGGGAAGCUGCUGUGAACUCUGACCUCCAGCAGGAGGCAGCAGCUGACUUGAACCUUGCAGAAGUUCACCACGUGUCCAAUGGAAACCUGAACUGGCCUGCAAGCCGCUACAGCUCCGACAUGGAGGACUACGACGAGGACGACGACGACGGCGGCGGCCUUCAGCGGAAUUCCCGCUUCUCCAGGAGUAUCAGGAGAGCGUACGGUGCAGGACGCAUCACGCUGCUGGACAUGGAUGAGGAGACCCUGGCGGGAAGCGGCCUUGCUGCCGACUCCAAGAAAGAAAUGUCAAAGAUGAACGGACAGACGGAAAACUCAGGUGGGAACGUCCUGAGCAGGCUGAGCAAAAGCGCAGACAACCUUCACGUCUUCAAAGCACCCUUCCGACGCAAGGCCCCAGCGCAAGGGGCGCCAUCCCCGCAGGAGGCCCCUCAGAGGACGAGCUUGUCAAACGGGACCCCGAACAUCCAGAGGACGUCCAGCGCCUCCUCCGUGGACCUCCGAGGACACGCUCGCAGGAGGAGCCCCGUCAAGGUGAAGGGUCAGAUGCUGAAGCUCGUCGGCAGCAUGACCGACCUGAGGGUCCUCCGCCGGCGAAGCCCCUCCCCCGGCCCCGCCGCGCACACCCCCAUGACACCCCUGAGCCGUCUCCACGACGACUACUCCCGGCGUGUACCCUGCCGGGCCGCGAGCGAGCGGCAGCCCCGGCCCUCCCCCGUCAGAGCCCGGGUGGCGUCUGCGGACGUCGGCUCGCUGGUUCACGUGCAUCCUCAACGCCACAUCGUCAUCCAGCAGGUCUCUGCAGGGAGCGGCUUCGAAGACGAGUCGUCUCCUGAUGACCAGACGGACCCAGGGGAAGUCGGCCAGCGUCCAUCCAAGGUGGCGUCAGAGGAGGAGUUGCAGCGAGCAGAGGGAGUCGCCACGGCACCCAGCGGCAGCACCCCCCCUCUCUCCCCGGUCUUCCUCCCGGAGUCGCCCCUGGAUUCGGCUUCCUCCGUCAGGGCCCGGCGAAGGAGCGGGCGCCCCAGACCUCGGCCCAUCUCGGACUACGGGCAGCUCCUCUCCAGGAGGCACUGCAUUCCCGAGGAGGUGGCCGAGCUGAACCCCGACGCGAGGACGGCCAACGCAUCGCUCCCCAAGGAAUGCAGCAGGAACGGCGUGCUUGGGAGCAGGGAGAGCGUGGGGAUGUGCGGCAUGAACGGGAACGUUCCGGGAAGGCAGCAGAGACCCGUGUCUGUGAUGGGGGUGGAGGAUCUGUUCUCCCCCGACACCGACGGUAGCGAGGACCAUCUGCCUUCUCCUCUGUCCCGCCCGCCCGUGCCCUCCCACCAGGUGCCCCCCUACAAGGGAGUCUCUGCCAGGUUUCGCCCCCCCACCCUCUCCCAGAGCACCCCCAUCGGACUGGACCGCGUCGGCAGGAGGAAGCAACACCGAGUGCUGAGUGACGGUGUGUCGGAGAUGCUGGACGACAGCGUGAGCGAGGAGGAGGAGGGGAGCUUUGACGAGCUCGCCGAUGUCACGCCUUACCUGGAGCCCGGGGUGGAGCUCUCGGUGCUCGUUGAGUGGAUAAGCUCGGGCCACGCGGUGUACGCGGAGGCGCUCUGGGACCAUGUGACCAUGGAGGAGCAGGAGCUGGCCUUCAAGGCCGGAGACGUAAUCCGCAUCCUGGACGCCUCGCACAAGGACUGGUGGUGGGGCGGGCGGCCCGACAAGGAGGCCUGGUUCCCGUCCAGCUUUGUGAGGGUGCGCGUGAACCAGGAAGACUCCAGUGCGGGAAGCGUGGAGAGUGUGGCGGACCAGGAAGACCCGACCCCCAGAGACACGCACAGCAGCCAGCACCGCCAGCAGAUGAGGACCAAUGUGGUCCAGGAGAUCAUGAACACGGAGCGCAUCUACAUCAAGCACCUGAAAGACAUCUGCGAGGGUUACAUCCGCCAGUGCCGCAAACACCCGGACAUGUUCACCGAGCUGCAGUUAAGGACCAUCUUCAGCAACAUUGAAGACAUCUACAGGUUCCAGAGGCAGUUCCUCCGCGACUUGGAGAGGAAGUACAACAAGGAGCAGCCGCACCUCAGUGAAAUCGGCUCCUGCUUUCUCAUGCAGGGGGAGGGCUUCUCCAUCUACUCGGAGUACUGCAACACCCACCCGGCAGCCUGCGGCGAGCUGCAGCGCCUUAUGAAGUCCGGCCGAUACAAGCACUUCUUCGAGGCCUGCCGCCUCCUGCAGCAGAUGAUCGACAUCUCCAUCGCCGGCUUCCUGCUCACGCCUGUGCAGAAGAUCUGCAAAUACCCCCUGCAACUGGGGGAACUGCUCAAGUACACCCCCAAGGACCACAGUGACUACGGUGGCGUGGGCGACGCGUACGAGGCCAUGAAGAACGUGGCCAGUCUGAUAAACGAGAGGAAAAGAAAGCUGGAGAGCGUUGACGCCAUCGCUCACUGGAAGGUGUCCAUUCUCCACUGGGAGGGUCCCGACGUGCUGGUGCGCAGCUCCGAGCUCAUCCACUCGGGGGAGCUGACGCGUGUCCUCCGACAAGGCAAAAUGCAGCAGCGCAGCUUCUUCCUCUUCGACCACCAGCUGGUCUUCUGCAAGAAGGACGUCCUGCGCAGGGACCUCCUCCACUACCGGGGCCGGCUGGACAUGGACCACACCGAGGUGGUGGAUGUGCCGGACGGGCGGGACGCGGACCUCGGCCUGAGCCUGAGGAACGCCGUGCGGCUGCGUCACGCCUCCACGCUGGAGUUUGUGUGCGUGUUGUGCUGCAGGAAGGCGCAGGACAAGGAGAGGUGGCUCCAGGCCUUCGCCGACGAGAGACGGCGAGUCAAGGAGGACCAAGAGAUGGGAAUAGAAAUCAGCGAAGAGCAAAGGAAGGAAGCUAUCGCUAAUGCCAGAAGAUCCAAACAGGGCAAGAUCAAAACUGUCGGCUACUCCGGCUCCGUCCCACCGCAUCACCAAAACCUCCACCCGCUCCACCAGCGCCACGUCACCAUCCCCACCAGCGUACCUCAGCAGCAGGUCUUCUCUCUGGCCGAGCCGCCCAAGCGAAAGCCUUACCAGCUGCUCUACAGCAUCACCCGCAAUGCCUUCUUUAGGAAAUGAGGCUCCGCCCCCUCGCGGCGUGCCGCCAAUGGACUGACAUGUUUGUUUUUAUUCAUAAGUUGUUGUGGACGGGCGUGCCUCGGGUGGAAACGGGCCACACUAGUGUUAAAAUACUGACUGAUGAAGAUGCUGCUCACUCCUUCUUCUUAACCCCCCCGUGAUCUUACCGACCCCCCCUUUUACGUUCACUGUGACAAUGAUGUUCAUUCUGCUUUUAUGUUGACAAUUAUUUUAUUUGACAAAGGCUGGACCCUUUUUUGUUUGUUUGUGCCCCCUGGACUGUGAGUGUUGCCUCCUGUUGACGCUGUAAAUAAAAUCUUGUACUC